GCAAGUAACUCCCCCUUCGUCGCGAGGCAGACUGGACGCGGUCCCGGGCGCUGCUGCCGGCUGCCGCCGCCUCCCCUCGGCGUCUCCUUCCCCCGCGGUUGGCUACCUCAAGGGGCUUCCUCAGCGCGGUCACCUCCCUCCUCGGCGGUGAAGAUUGCAGAUAUUAUGCCGAACAAGAAGAAGAGAAGUGCAGAAGAUGCUGCUUUGUAUGUGGAGAGUUUAUUGUUCGGUGAUGAUCCUAGUGAUUCUGAAGCGGAUGUCGACAAAUAUGAUGCUAGCGAUUUGAAGGGGGCAAUAAACAAGGAUGGCUCUAGUGAUGAAGAGGAUUUCACAGAGGAAGGCCUGAGUGCAAAAGAGGUGGCCUUAAGCAUAUCCAAAUCCAUCGUGUCCCUUAUCUCUUCUGUUGAUGGAAAGGUUCUAUUUACUUGCUCAGGGACAAUGGUUGAUCAUGUGGGUUCUGCAACUUGGAUACUCACCUCUGCUACUCUGGUUAGGAAAUGUGACAAUGACUAUGAUGCUUAUCAAGAGGGUGAUGUUAAGAUUGAAGUACUUCUGCACAACAAAACAAUCACUGAGGGGUUCUUAGCAAUGUGCAGUCUGCAGUACAAUAUAGCUGUUGUCACCAUUGAGCCACAAUUUGAUCUUCCUUUGGUGAAACUUCAUGACGUUCCUGUCUGUUAUUCCAUGCUGUGUCGGCCUGUGAUAGCUGUAGCUCGUAACUUUAAGUCAAAGACUUUACUAGUGAGAUGUGGGGAGAUGACCCGUGAACGUAGCGAAUUGGACUGCGAUGAGCUUUUGGUCUGCACUUGUCCUGUUAGUAAGGUUUUCAUUGGGGGCCUUGUCAUGGAUUUGGAAAGGAGGAUUCUCGGCAUCACUUUUUACGACAAGGAUACUGUUCCAUUCUUGCCUAUUGAGAUUGCGGUGAGAUGCUUGGAACACUUCAAGAAUUUCAGGACACUCAAACAACCAUCUCUUUGCAUAAGGGGACAAGCUAUUCACAAGUUGGAAAUAUGCAAUUUGGAAAAAAUAUGCUACAUGUAUCCUGAGCUGUCUUCUGGUUCUGGAAUUGUGGUAGAGAAGAUAUCAGAAGUGUUACCAGAAAAUUGUAGCAGCAUUGAGGCUGGUGAUAUCAUCUGUAGUGUUGAUGACAUUGUUCUCUACUCUCUGUCUCAGCUUACUUCGAUAUUUCUUGAUAAAAUGGCGGCUGCAAUGCCCACGCAGGAUAAAGUGACUGUCCAGGCUGAAAUACGAAGGCCCAGAGAUAACACUAAGUUUGUUGCAAAGCUGAAUAUAGGAAUUGCUUCUGGUGAACACAACAAUUGCUUCAAUAACAGAUGGCCACUGCAGUGAAAGAAGCAAUAUUUUGGUGAUAAAUAUUUGAACUGAUGAAGGCUGACCCUUUUUUUUUUUUGGGGAGAGAGAGGGGGGGGGGGGGGGGUUAACAUGCAAACCUAUCUGCCAUUUGUCUUUGAAGCCUCGGCUUUCCUCCGAAUUUCUUAAACCAGAAGUAUCCCAAUCCAACACAACACACAUGCACUGUGGCAUUAAUGGGUAGGAUAAAACCUCCUCAGACAGAUUGCUUAUGGUUUUAAUUUUCAGCUGUGAAGAUGAGAACUUUCAAGGGGAUUCUUGAUCCAUUUCAGGCAUGUGUUGACAUGAAAAGGCCUCUUCACUCCUUUCCUCUAUGUCCUCUUAGCCUGCAAGGGCUCCUCUGUAAUCUCAUUAACUUUGUCAAUGCUGUGAUGUACUACUCCGCCUCAAAAAAAGACAAACCCUAGCUACGAACUUGAACACGCAUAUGUCUAUGUUCGUAGCUAAGAUUGGUUUUUUUUUUUUUGACGGAGGGGUGGAGGGGUAGAUGCAGAGGUGUGUCGGAAGUUCGUAUUGUAUGCACCGAGCCACUGACCAUUGUUGUACAGCUGCGUUAUUUAUUGAAUGCUGUUGUCUGGUUUAUUUCACCAAAGGUCUAA